GCAGGACGCCUGCGCUUGGCUCUGCCCGGGGAAGGCAGCAGAGUCCCGGGAGAGCCAGCCCGGUGCGCGCCUUGGGGACGCUGCUCCGCGCCGGGGAGAAGAAGGGCGAGACAAAGGACGGAGCGGCGGCGGCGGCGGCCUCGGGGUGGCGGCUGCAGCUCUGGCCGGCGCCAUGGGGGAGAGACCGCGAGGCCAAGCCGGCGUCUCUUCGGCUGCUGCCUCCACCUGCUCGCUGCCCAACGGGCUGCCGCUGCACAACGGCUUCCACGCUCCUCCGGCCGGCUAUGCCGAGGCUUCCCACCCGCUGCAUUUGCUCUCCAGCAGCCACGACUCGCCGACGAAGAAAAGCCGGGCGCGCCGGAGGAUGGAUUCGGGCAGAAAGCACAGGCCGCCAUUCCCAUGGUUUGGCAUGGACAUUGGUGGGACCCUUGUCAAACUGGUAUACUUUGAACCGAAAGACAUUACUGCUGAAGAAGAGCAGGAAGAAGUGGAAAACCUCAAAAGCAUCAGGAAGUAUCUGACUUCCAACACAGCCUACGGUAAAACAGGGAUCCGGGAUGUCCACCUGGAACUGAAAAACUUGACUAUGUGUGGACGUAAAGGGAACCUCCAUUUCAUCCGCUUCCCGAGCUGUGCUAUGCACAGGUUUAUACAGAUGGGCAGCGAAAAGAACUUUUCCAGCCUACACACCACGCUUUGUGCCACCGGAGGUGGAGCCUACAAGUUUGAGGAAGAUUUCCGAAUGAUUGCUGACCUCCAGCUUCAUAAGAUAGAUGAGUUGGACUGCCUUAUCCAAGGUCUUCUCUAUGUGGAUUCUGUCGGCUUCAACGGGCAGCCGGAAUGCUAUUAUUUUGAAAACCCCUCGUCCCCGGAGCGGUGUCAGAAAAAGCCUUACUGCCUCGAUAACCCCUUCCCUAUGUUGCUAGUUAACAUAGGCUCCGGUGUCAGCAUCUUAGCCGUCUAUUCCAAAGACAACUAUAAGAGAGUUACAGGGACCAGUCUCGGUGGUGGUACAUUCCUGGGUCUCUGUUGUUUGCUGACUGGCUGUGAGACCUUUGAAGAAGCGCUAGAAAUGGCAGCUAAAGGAGACAGCACCAAUGUUGAUAAGCUGGUGAAGGAUAUUUAUGGAGGAGAUUAUGAACGGUUUGGUCUUCAAGGAUCUGCUGUUGCAUCAAGUUUCGGCAACAUGAUGAGCAAGGAAAAACGGGAGACAAUCAGCAAAGAGGAUCUGGCAAGAGCAACCUUAGUCACCAUCACCAAUAACAUUGGCUCCAUUGCUCGGAUGUGUGCCUUGAAUGAGAAUAUUGAUCGGGUGGUGUUUGUAGGCAACUUUCUGAGAAUCAACACGGUUGCCAUGAAGGUGCUAGCUUAUGCCAUGGACUAUUGGUCAAAGGGACAACUCAAAGCUCUCUUUUUGGAACAUGAGGGUUACUUUGGUGCUGUGGGGGCUCUUCUAGAACUGCUCAAAAUGACUGAUGAUCAAUGAGGAAGCUUCUAGAAGGCGACACAGCCGUGAACGCUGCUUGAAGGAUGACAGCUCUUAGGAAGACGGCGAAGAAGCCGCGAUGGCUGUUCUUACCUGCUGGAUUUGUAAAUACUGUUAAUAAUUUAAACUUAUUUUAGCUGAUCUUUUAAAUUUAGGGAUGGACUUUGUACCUGGCAUUUUUAUGGGGGAUAUACAACAUUUUUAAGAUAAAUGAAAUGUGCGGUGUGGCCAAUUUUUAUGGAUUGUGUCUAAAAAAAUAGGCACCGUGUCGAAAAAGGACCUAAAUUAUAAGACACUGGUAUUAUUAUUAUUAUUAUUAUUGUUGUGGUUAUUUUCUUCUGGGGUUUACUGAUCUAGUGUGAUAAUGAUUCCUUUAGUAAAUCGCUCUAGGAGAUUUUUUUUAAAUCCUUCAUGACGUUUCAUGAUCGCUGUUGGUUUCAAAUGAAACUGCAAAGCUGGCAUUUAGUGAGAA